AUGUUGCAAGAUCCCAACAAGUGGACUGAGCGCGAUGAGCGCUUGCUGGCGCUUCUCUUGCAAAAGAGAGCAGCUUGUGAUGUGGAAGGCGAUUUUGGACCGCCAUCCAUGCAUGUUGGGUCGCCAGGCACAGGCGUGACAGAAGGCUAUGGAGCUGGCAAUAUGGGUGCCAUGCACGAUGGUGCCAAACGGAGAUUGACCGCGGACACUCCCGCGACAUCCUCGGAUUGGGAGAAGCUUGAACCCACGUAUGUGGGUGAGGUCAUUGUGGAGAAUGACACAGAUGAAGCACUGGUGGCAGCAUUGGAUGCCUCGACAGUGGGCGCCGGUGGUGAUGUACACCUUGGUCCUGUGGAUCUUCCACAGGGCACUGACUCAUUAGAGAUGUGGGGAAAGACCAUGAUGUCAUUUGGUCAAUAUAAGGGCAAGUACAGCUACAUUGAAGUGGCAACGGACAAGAGCCUAUGGGAUUAUCGCAAGUGGGUCCGAUCUCACAUCAACCAGAGGACGAGCAAAGGUGCGCCACUGGAUUUUGCCAGCUAUUUGAGGGCGUAUGAUGCACGCCAUGGGCCGACAAAGCAGCUGCCAGUGAUUCCGGGAACUUCAAUU